AUGUCACCACGGCCAGAGCUGGAUGACCACUGGAAGCUGGCGGUGAGACCGCUCUCCCCCCUGUUGUGUGUCCCCCCCUUCUCUGGCAGGGCCUUUGUCUACCUGAGCAACCUCCUCUACCCCGUGCCCCUGGUCCACCGCGUGGCCAUCGUCAGCGAGAAGGGCGAGGUGAAGGGCUUCCUGCGUGUGGCUGUCCAGGCCAUCUCAGCGGAUGAAGAAGCCCCCGACUAUGGCUCUGGUGUGCGGCAAUCAGGGACAGCCAAGAUCUCCUUUGAUGACCAGCACUUUGAGAAGUUCCAGUCAGAGUCGUGCCCAGCGGUCGGGAUGUCUCGCUCGGGGACCUCUCAGGAGGAGCUGCGCAUAGUCGAAGGUCAGGGGCAGGUCAGCGACGUGGGUCCGUCCGCCGAUGAAGUCAACAACAACACCUGUGCAGCAACCCCAGAGGAUCUUCUUCUGGACAGCCCGGAGAAGCCUGCACCGGACGGGCCGCUGGAGGUGGCUUUGGAUCACCUGAAGCUGGGCAGCAUCUUCACUUUCCGUGUGACAGUCCUGCAAGCCUCCAGCAUCUCUGCAGAAUAUGCUGACAUCUUCUGCCAGUUCAACUUCAUCCAUCGCCAUGAUGAGGCCUUUUCAACAGAACCCUUGAAGAACACAGGACGAGGGCCACCCCUGGGCUUCUAUCAUGUCCAAAAUAUCGCUGUGGAGGUGACAAAAUCUUUCAUCGAAUACAUCAAGAGCCAGCCAAUUGUGUUUGAGGUGUUUGGCCAUUACCAGCAGCACCCCUUCCCACCUCUCUGCAAGGAUGUCCUCAGCCCACUGAGGCCAUCCCGGCGCCACUUCCCUCGUGUGAUGCCACUCUCCAAACCAGUGCCUGCCACAAAGCUGAGCACCAUGACUCGGCCCAGUGCUGGCCCCUGCCAGUGCAAGUACGACCUGAUGGUCUUCUUUGAGAUCUGUGAGCUGGAGGCCAAUGGCGACUACAUCCCUGCUGUUGUGGACCACCGUGGAGGCAUGCCAUGCCAUGGGACCUUCCUCCUUCAUCAGGGCAUCCAGAGGAGAAUCAGUGUCACCUUGGUGCAUGAAACGGGCAGCCUCAUCCACUGGAAGGAAGUACGGGAGCUGGUUGUGGGUCGAAUCCGGAACACCCCAGAAGCAGAUGAGUCACUCAUUGACCCCAACAUUCUGUCCCUGAACAUCCUCUCUUCUGGGUACAUCCACCCCUCCCAGGAUGACCGGCAGUUUCUUGAUUCGGAUAUGCCUAGCAUUUCGCUGGGAAAUGACACUAGGACUUUCUACCAGUUUGAGGCAGCGUGGGAUAGCUCCAUGCACAACUCGCUGCUGCUCAAUCGUGUUACUCCUUACCGGGAGAAGAUCUACAUCACCCUGUCAGCUUACAUUGAGAUGGAGAACUGCACUCAACCUGCCGUCAUCACCAAAGACUUCUGCAUGGUUUUCUACUCCCGGGAUGCCAAACUUCCUGCCUCACGCUCCAUCCGCAAUCUUUUUGGCAGUGGCAGUCUGCGGGCUUCUGAGAGCAACCGCGUGACAGGAGUCUACGAGCUCAGCCUCUGUCGUGUGGCUGAUGCCGGCAGCCCAGGCAUGCAGAGAAGGCGCCGGCGUGUUCUGGACACCUCUGUAGCCUAUGUCCGGGGAGAGGAGAACCUGGCUGGCUGGCGGCCCCGCAGUGACAGCCUUAUCCUUGACCAUCAGUGGGAGCUGGAGAAACUCAGCCUUCUGCAAGAAGUGGAGAAGACAAGACACUACCUGUUGCUGCGUGAGAAGCUGGAGACGACCCAGCGCUUGGGCAUGGAGACCCUGUCCCCAUGUUCCAGUGAAGAUUCUGAGUCCCGAAGCAACUCCUGCAUCUCCUCCCCACUCUCUGCUGAUGGGGCACCUGAAGGCCGUACUUCUCCCCCUGAGACCCCCAGCGAGAGGCAGAAGGAGCUGGCUGUGAAGUGCUUGCGCCUGCUCACGCACACCUUCAACAGGGAGUACAGCCACAGCCACGUCUGCAUUAGCGCCAGUGAGAGCAAGCUGUCUGAAAUGUCCGUGACCUUGAUGAGAGACCCUUCCAUGCCAGCUCUUGGGGUCACCACUCUCACCCCCUCCUCGACCUGCCCGUCACUGGUGGAAGGAUGUUACAACGCCAUGGAGGUCAGACCCCCCCAGGUUUCCUCCAGGGCAGAGAGCCCCGAUCUGGAACCUGUGGUAGAAGGAGAGCACAAGAAGUCCCCAGCCCGCCGGCCUGAGGAGGAGAAGGAACCCCAGCGGUUGCUGGUGCCCGACAUCCAGGAGAUUCGAGUCAGUCCCAUCGUCUCCAAAAAGGGCUACCUGCACUUCCUGGAGCCUCACACCAAUGGAUGGGUGAAACGCUUCGUGGUGGUCCGGCGUCCAUAUGUCUACAUCUACAACUCAGACAAGGAUGCGGUCGAGAGGGCCAUACUCAACCUCUCCAAGGCCCAGGUGGAGUACAGUGAGGACCAGCAGGCCAUGCUCAAGACCCCGAACACAUUUGCGGUGUGCACGGAGCACCGGGGCAUCCUGCUGCAGGCAGGCAGUGACAAGGACAUGCACGACUGGCUCUACGCUUUCAACCCUCUCCUGGCUGGAUCCAUAAGAUCCAAGCUGUCCAGAAGGAGAGCAGCCCAGAUGAGAAUCUAACCUGAAAAACACCCUCCACUUCAUCCGUCUGCUAACAGGAUCAAGAUAGCUGAUUCUGUCUGAAGACUCCCCAUGUUAAUAUCUGAUCUUUCACACCAUCUGCUGCCCCAGCUCUCUGCUCCAUGGAAGGACCUGUCUUGAUUCACAGCUUCACGGGGGAAACUCACUUCUGUUUGUAGCUGCAAAAGCCUGGACCUGUCUGGGCAGGGUCCCUGUGCACGUGCCAUCUUCUGCCUGUCCCUCCAUGGGUGACCUUCAUAUCACACCAUCUAACACUCCAAAAAAGGUCCCUAUCAGAAGGAGGGAGUGAGAAGGGUGGUUUUGUCUAAAAGCUGGUCUUUGAUCUAGAGAGAUGGGAAUGCAGGGCAAGCUCAGAGCUGGGAGAGCAGGAGGAAUUGCCCUCAGGUGAAGGGAAAGUGGUAAUUUAUAUGUGGGGUUUCCCUAAUUUACUGGUGUUUCUGCAAGAGACAGCAGAGUAAGAUCAGGUGUCAGUACUUUAAGAUUAUAUUUAUAAAAUAUUUAUUUCUAUUUACAUCACAAAAAUACCGUAAGUUGAGUCCUGGCCCUCAGCCAAUGCCUCCCCCAGGCAGGGGAGAGCCUUGCUGGUGGGCUGAGGUUCCGGAGAUGCCUUCCCCUGGCUUGUGCCUGGCAGCAGCGCAGCUCUCACCCUCACUCUACGCCCUUCCCCAACUAUUUGCUUUGCCAUCCCCUGCAGCUUAAAACUACUUUUCACCUGAGCAGCGGCCAGACAGCCCCCACCAUGUCUUCCCAAAGAAGGCAAUUUCUACCUGUCCCAUCUACCUCUGGAAGGGAAGAGCCCACAGUUUCAACUGGCCAGGGCACCCAUGUCCCUGCAGAUGGGUCACUGCACUUUGGAGCUUGGUCCUACUGGAGGGAAAUGGAGAGCUCUGGCUAUGGCUCUGUCUGUCACACCAUGCUGGGCUACCCUUUCCAACCAAGAGCACUUGGGCCACCUCCACUGUUCCAGCCUGAGACCCCCAGGUGUCACAUCCGAGGGAUUUCCCACUCUUAGGCCAGGAUGCCAAGGAUCCCAACCCUGCAGGGAGUGUGGAGGUUCAGUUGGAAUGGGAAAAUUCUGCAGGAGCCAUGACUAGGAAUGGCCAUCCCACCCUACAGGAUCUUUCUUGUCCUUUCCCAAAAGGGCUUGCACAUCUCUUCUGCUCCUAGCAGGAUGACAGACUCAAAGCAGAUCAAAUGGUGUCAGGGUGGGGAUGGGGCUUCUUUUUUCUGUUCUAGCUGGUGUUUUCUCACUCUUCCUCUGCUGCAGAAACAAGCACCCACCUCUUCCCCACUCUGACUCCAUCAGCAUGUUUAUCUGGGGGCUUCUCUCAUCAGAGGUGUUUUUGCUGAAAAGACCUCCAGCCACCACUGCUUCCCACCUCCUCCAGCAGCAGCUCUCUCUCUUCUCCCAUUUCUCACCCAUGGUUAGAUGUUUUUGUUCAGGGCUUCCCAAGUGGCCAGCAGCAUCUGGCACAGCUCUGUGUUGGAAGCUGAGCAUCUUCCUCCGUGCAUCUCCCAGGCACCCCCCAGCUCUGCUGUCUCUUGUCCAGCACAGCUGCGCCUUGGCUCUGUCACACCUCCCUGCACUGUCUGUGGGGUGUGUGUGUGUGUGUGUGUGUGUGUGUGUGUGGGAUGUGGUGCUGUCUUCUCAUUAUAUUCGUGUUGUGGGGGGCACAGAUAGGCAGGGACAUGGCAGAGGAGUAGAGGUUUGCACUGGCCCCCUUGCUGCACAUCAGGCACCCUCUAGCUUGGGUUUCAGGUGACAGAAAGAAUUUGGGGAUUCUUCUUGAGCACAUGCUGGUUCUGCCUGGCCUCACCACAGCUCCUUGGGCAUCUUACCCCAUUACUACAGCCCAAAUCUCCAGUGGGGCUGCUCCUCUCAGCCCACCUCCCCUGCCCAGGACAAGCUCCCCAGCAAACUGGGCUAUUUUCCUCUCUGUGAUCGUUUUUAGACCUGGAGGCCAGCUUGUGCCCUUUCUGUAUGAAGAGAUGCCAGCCUGGAGGCACAGAGAGGCUGAGCUGGGGCAAUGCAGGGUUCCAGGCUGCAACAUCCUGGCUCCCGUGCUCUGAGCAAGGACUAGUUGGUACCACCCCAAAUUUCAGUGUAAGGGGCUAAGGGUGGAGAAACAGGGGUACCUAAGGGGAGGCUCCUCCAGAACGGAGGCAGCUUCUGGCAGAGACGGGACCAGUGUCUGUCAGGGACCAGACACAGGUCCACUGGCCAGGGCUGUAUGGUGCUGCCUGUGCCACAGACAAGACGCAGCCAGCUGAAGGGCAUCCUCCAGCCAGAGCCGAACCCUGCCUGAGGUCAGCAAACCUGCAGAGCAGACGGCUCGGCUGGAGGUCGGAGACGAGGGAAACAGAGCUGCCCGCUGGGUGCGGCACACGGACCGCUUGUCACCCCGCCGGCAGCGUUCUGACCGGCACCGCGCUGCUCCUCAUGGCCCUGCCACGCAUCCCCUCGGCAAGGAAUGCAAACCGGAGGUUCCAGCACGACUACAAGCCCAACGGGAAGGGAAAUUCCACACGGCAGCGGGUGGCACGGAAGGCAGGCAGGCAUCGGCGGGUAGGCGGGAGGAAGAGAGAAGCCGCACUCCCCGCUCGCCGGUUCCCGCCGGCGCUCCCUGCCGUGUGCCAGGGGGGGCAGUACUGCGGGUCUUGGCCGUCCGUGCGCACGUGAGGCUUGUUCGGUUCUGAAAUAAAUGUCGCAUUUAACGCAA